AACGUGCACCGGAUGUGCCUCACUUGAAUCGGACCGCUAUUAUUUUUCUGCGCUCGCUUGUAGCGGCCAGGUAGAAUCGUUUCUAAACGUUGUUCUCGCACAAAAACUGUUUUUGCGCUAUAUUCAAUCGGCGGCGGGAUAAUUUUACUAUUGCAGGGAUUCGAAGAUGUCCAGGAGACGACACAGCGACGAGAACGACGGUAAGCAGAUGAUGAAUGUGUGGUUAAGACGGGGGGCUAACGAGUGGAGGCUAGCGGAGGUUAGCGUGUGAGAGUAACGUUUGUUCACGACUGCUGUUUGAAUGGGGAUUUAGUCAGGCUAGCAGUUUGAUUUUUGAUACUCUUACUACAUAAAACACCAACAAUCACCUCUUAUUUAUGAGACAUACAUCUUUGAAAUACCAACAAGUUAGAGCGAACUGUCCCAGUGAAUGAGAAAGUCACUGGUGUUUCGGUUUAAAGCGUUACCCAGUAAGAAGGCGGCUCUCAGCCGGAUGCGCCGGUGAUUGUCGUAGAUAUAACCGUUGAAACGCAAAAACAGCCCUUUCUAAAGCACACUUGUUAGUUUAUUCCUAACAAUGAGAAAAAUUAACAUCAAAUUUGAAUGGAACAAGUUUUCAGUAGUUGUUAUAAUUACGUCAACAAAAGACGCGUUUGGCGGAUGGUCGUGAGUUAACAGGGUAACCGUUUUAACUGAAACACCGGCGCGCGUUUAUGCUUGCUAACUUGAAAUACAUUCAUUUUUCAUAGGUGCUAAAUGUUAUACUGAUCCUUUUAGUUUUUCUAUUCGGUCUUUACAUUCAUUUAACUGUCUGGUUAAUGUCGAUCUUUAGUUAAGAUAUUCCGUAUAAUGUAUGUGUGUCCAAUACAUAAAAUGAUAUUAUUUUACAAGCUUCUGAGGUUUUAUCAAUUAAACAUAUCUGUUUAUUUCAGAGUCAGAAAUACUUUAAGAAUCUCCAGGGAGAAAUAGCUUUUUGUCACAGUAACUCCAGUGCAGAUAAAGUAGAAAGAGGAGAUAAAUGAUAAUUAAAAUAAGUAAAAAUAAAGAGAUAAAUAGUCAAAAUAAGUAAAAAAUAAUGAGAUAGCGAUACGCAGCGGUCUGAGGAGCCAUAAACAAACCUCAACGCCACUCUAAACACCAAACGCCGCUCAAAACGCCACUCUAUAGAAUCAGAAUGCCUUUUAUUGUCAUUAUAUGCAGUACAAUGAGAUUAAAGCCACCCAUACAUAGCCACAAAUAAUGCUCAGAACAGCACCUAACUUCAUCAACAGUACAUAUAGAGUCCCAGCCAUAGUACUAGCCAACAAACAUCUUUUUAACUUUGACUAAUUUCUUUAGCAAAGAGACCAAACACAACUCACUGCCUCUCUUCCAGCAGCCGAUUGUUUGUAGCGAGACCUCAGGCCAGUCCAUAACGGACUACAGCGGGGUGACGCAGCUCAAGAGAGAACAUUUAUGAUAAUUUCUUCAUGGAAAUACAAUCAGACCGAGACACUAAGACAAAAGAACUACAGCAUCUGCAAAAUGAUUAAUAUGGUGAUUAUUACUUCAAGGAAAUGAUAAAGAAAUGAUCAUAAAUGUUCUUCCUUGAGCUGCGUCACCCCGCUGUAGUCCGUAACAGACUGGCCCAAGGUCUCGCUACAAACAAGCAGCUGCUGGAAGAGAGCAGGUGAGUUGUGUUCGGUGUAUAAUCUUUUGUGUGUCUCUGCUCUCACUGUAUAAUCUCUGUGGUUAAAUCUGGUGAUGUUUCUCUUUCUUGCUCUCUGUGUGAUUAUUUGGAUAAUUUUUACUCUUCCAGGAGGUCAGGCCCACAAACGAAGGCGAACAUCAGAGCCCAUUGAAAUCGAAGACCGCUUGGAGUCGCUGAUAUGUCGUGUCGGGGAGAAGGUAAACAAACAUCUGUGGCAGUGCGUUGAGCUGUAGGGUUCUGCAUCUCCACAACCUGCUUUGUCAAACCUCGUUUGUUUUUCUUGCAGAGCACAUCAUCUCUAGAGAGCAACCUGGAGGGCUUGGCAGGCGUGUUGGAGGCCGACCUCCCAAAUUACAAAAACAAAAUCCUGCGCAUUUUAUGUGCUGUGUAAGUGCAGACCUGCUCUCACCCCUUCACUGAUUUAAUUGUGUGUGUUUGUAGAUUUUUACUGGUUUAUUUAUUCUCCUCAGCGCUCGUCUCCUACCUGAAAAGCUGACCGUGUACACGACUCUAGUCGGCCUGCUGAAUGCGAGGAACUACAACUUUGGGGGCGAGUUUGUGGAGGCCAUGAUCAGACAGCUCAAGGAGACGUUGAAAAAUAACUUGUACAAUGAAGCGGUGUAUUUGGUAAGCUGACUUUUAAUAAUCUAGAAUGAAUCUUUGACCUUUGAUUCGGUUCUGACGUCAUGUCUUCUGCUUUCAGGUGCGUUUUCUGUCAGACUUGGUGAACUGCCAUGUGAUUGCUGCUCCCUCGAUGGUGGCCAUGUUUGAAAACUUUGUCAGUGUUACACAGGAAGAAGAUGUUCCUCAGGUGGGUACAAAAUUCAGGUUAAAACGUAAGAUUUGAAAAACCGAGACAGGGCGAAGUUUAUUUCCGCACAGUUUGGCAACAAGGCUGUUCAAAGUGCUCCAAAGUCCAGAGGGUCAGAAAAACAAAGAAAGAAAACAUUUAAAACGAUCAAAAGUUAAAAUUAAAAACCAUGAAACCAUUUCAGUCACAUUAAUGUCAUCUUUCCCAGUGCUUACUUAAAGUUUUAUUCUGUUACAGAUGAUUUUUACUUUUUUUAAAAAUAAACAAGAACAAAAAAAUGUUAGUUUGUUAAUACUAGACGUCUUCUUAAGGUAAUCUGUUCAGUUCAUGCCACAAAUGUCCUUCUGAUAGUCUUGAGUUUCUGCCGUACACAGAUUCACAAACUGGUUUUAUAUUAUUUAAAACGAAUGAAUCCCAGACGUCUUCUUGAAGAUUAAAGCUCACACAUUGGUCUCAUUCUGUGUCGAGUCACAGCCCAAGGUUGACUCAGACCUGUUGACACCCCCUCAAGGUGUUCUUCUCAACACUGUUUACUCACAAAUCAAAUCACACUUAACCUUAUUCUUAUUUAUUUUUCUUAGUUUUAGCCAUCAAAAAUGACAGAAAAAUAAAAUUAGAUAAUAAGAGCAAAAACAGAAGAUUUUACAUAGACAGUGCGUCUUUGUAUAUUAAAAAUAAAGAUGGAUAUUUGAAUGAUUUGUUAAUUUAAUCUAAUAAAAAGGAGCUGAAAGUCUCGGCAGAACAGACGUUUUCUGGUCGUUUGUGUCAGAUAUCUGGGGUUUAAACACUGAAGCUGCCUCUCCCUGUAAUCUAGAGCUGAAUAUACUCUCAGUGGUCUUAAUGAUUUACUCAAAGUGGUCUCGGUUGUUCCCUCAGGUCCGUUCAGACUGGUUUGUGUACGUGGUUCUGUCCUGUCUUCCCUGGGUCGGUAAGGAACUUUACGAGAAGAAAGACGUGGAGAUGGACCGACUUCUCAGCCAGAUCGAAGGCUACCUCAAGUAAGACCGAGACCACGUUUUCUUGCCUUGCCUCUUUAUAACUCGCCUUUUUAAAAUGAGUUCAUGUGAAUCAGUGGGCUUCUGAUUUAUGUCGUUUUUUUCUUUGAUUUUGAGGGGCCGAGUAAAGACACACGUCCCCAUGCUGCAGGUGUGGACAGCAGAGAAGCCUCACCCACAGGAGGAGGUGAGACAAAUGAAGAGCUGCAUUUGUUCUUGUUAAGAAAAUAACUAAUCUGAAUCGAUUGUUGCUUGCCGGGCGAGUCCCAGUAUCUGAUGACCCCUGUAAUCAUUCCUCUCUUCUCCUGUUUAUCACUCAGUACCUUGACUGCCUCUGGGCUCAGAUCCAGAAGCUGAAGAAAGACCGCUGGCAGGAGCGACACAUCCUUCGUCCAUAUAUUGCUUUUGACAGCGUGCUGUGUGAGGCUCUGCAACACAACCUGCCCCCGUUUACCCCUCCAGGCCACAUGCCAGACGCCCAGUACCCCAUGCCCCGGGUCGUCUUCCGCAUGUUUGACUACACUGAUGCACCAGAGGUACACUGAAGAACAGAACUGCCUCUAAGGACGAGUUUUUAUGAGUUUCUUUGUGCGCAGAGUCAAUAAUCCUCUGUCCUCAGGGCCCUGUGAUGCCUGGCAGCCAUUCUGUGGAGAGAUUUGUCAUUGAGGAAAACCUGCACUGUAUUAUUAAGACUCACUGGAAAGAAAGGAAAACAUGGUGAGCACAAAGAUCCAUGAGAGCUGUAUUUCAUCAGAUUUGAUAUUUAACCUGUGCUUUUAUCACUUCCCAGUGCCGCCCAGUUACUGAGUUAUCCAGGGAAGAACAAGAUUCCUCUCAACUAUCACAUCGUGGAGGUAACGCAUGUUUUUAAAAGCUAGAUUUUUUUAGUUGUAAUUAAAAUAUGUGCAAUAGAUCCGUUUUUAAAUGUCUCACUCCGUCUCCGUUUCUCUCAGGUGAUUUUCGGGGAACUGUUCCAGCUACCCAUCCCGCCUCACAUCGACGUCAUGUACACCACACUGCUCAUUGAACUCUGCAAACUGCAGCCUGGAUCACUGCCACAAGUUGUAUCCUAAAGUCAACACAGUCACCUGGCUGAUGAUUCAUCUGUUUGGUCAAUACUGGGUUCAAAAAGUAUAAAAUACGGACAGUCUUGUACUUGAUCAAAACGUCAUAGACAUGUAGGGAUUCUGCAUUAAACUGCUGUUAUCAUAUUAGAAAAUUAACCAUCAGGUGAAGAGUGUAUUUAAAGGGAUAUUCCAGUAUAUUUUUAAGUGGUACUAACUUCUGCUCCAAUAAUGAGAACUGAGACGCAAGCUAGGCGACUGUUUCUGCAGAUGGGGCCGAGUCUGCGACGUAAUUCAGCUCAUUUUGAGACUCCAACCAAGCCCUCAUCUAGGGAUGGGAAUCGAGAACAGGUUCUUGUUGAGAUCUGGUUCCAAAUGGUUCAAUCCAUCAUUUACAUUCUAUCUUAACGAUUCCCUUAACGAUUCCUUUCUUCUGGGUGCCUUGAUUAAGAUGGUACAUAAAGUAGGCAGAAACGAGCUGAUGUGUGGCUGAAUUUUACUGAGAAAGAGGACAACAGUGCAACGUUUGUUGAGCAGUGAUAACAUGCAAAGGUGGAAACACCAGCAACAUGUCAAAUAUAAUCAAAUAUAAGGAGUCACAUGUAUUCGAUGCUCUCCGCCGGUCGUCAGCCGAUACCGAAAAAGCCCUUUAACCUAUUUCAAUCUUUAAAUUAGAUUAAAUGCUGAAAUGUAGAGUGAUAAAGUAUUGAGUAUACUGCAGGAGAGUUUUCCUUAACAGCUGCUCGUUAGUUGGCUCAAGCCACAGAGAUGUUGUACAUGAGACUGGACACCAUGAACACCACCUGCAUAGACCGGUAACAUCACCACACCUUUGACUUGAUUGGACUGAAAACCUGAGUCAGAGGAGAGCUCUGAUGAUCUUCUCUCUGUUUGUAUUUCUAGACUUAUCAACUGGUUUUCUCACCAUCUGAGCAACUUCCAGUUUCGAUGGAGCUGGGACGACUGGUGAGGGAUUCUUAGACUGUUAACCAGAUUUUCAAGACGCCUCUUUUUGUCUUGAAUUGAUGGAAUCAUUGGUGUGAUCGUGUGUCUCCGUUAUCCAGGUCUGACUGUCUGGCUGUCGAUCUCGACAAGCCCAAACCCAAGUUUGUGAAGGAGGUUCUUGAGAAGUCCAUGAGGUAUGAAACCAUCACUGACGUGUUUCCUAUAUAUUCCAAAGUUUCUUUUCAUUCACAGCAGUUGAUUCAGCUCAGGAAGUGUUGCACCAGAGAUGAUGAGUUAGUUAAUGGAAAGGCCUGAAACAUCAACAAAAAUGAAAUGAAGAGCUUUCAGAGGAACACAGUGAAAAGCAGCCUCAGCAUACUGACUCUGCAGAAGUCGAGCGUUUGAUGAAAAUUAUUCCAUUUCUAACUUUAGAGUUUGUCCGCUCGUUCCAUCUGUUUUGGAGUUCUUAUUUUCUCUUGGUUACUUAGUGGAGCCUCUGUUGCAUUUCCCCAAACUUUUCCACUUCGUCUCUCUUACAAAUGUUAAAUUUUUUCAUACUUCAUUCUCCUUGAACAAAAAUCUGUUUCCUCUCUCAUCUGGCAGACUGUCAUACCACCAGCGCAUAGUGGACAUCGUUCCUUCGACCUUCUCGGCGCUCAUCCCAGCUGAGCCUCUGUUCACCUACAAAUAUGUCGAAGAAAACGCAGGUAAGAGCGCUUUGAAUGUCCAGUUUGUACAUGACAGGAAGGACCAAAAUGUAAAUCCGCUGUGUUGCUGAAGUUAAAGUUUAGAGGGAUUGAACGUCUCUCCCGCCUCACAGCUUCGUUACCAGGUUACCCGGUAUCUAUCACUGUCGGUAACGCCAUCAAGAACCGAGCGUCCAACGAAGAGAUCCUGACCAUCCUCAAAGAAGUGCCCAACCCAAACCAAGAGGACGAUGACGGUUUGAAUCUUGCUUGGUUUUUCUUUUGGGUCAUGUGUUGCUCUCUGACUUCUGACCUCUUCACACCGGAACAGUAACAAGAGCGAGAAACUUUAACAAAAAGAAGAGUUUAACUUUAAAAUACACAAAAAAAUCUCAUAUGUACGAGAGGGUAAAGAAUUAGCAAGUGAUGAAACUUCUGAAGAGUUUUUCAGCGACUUUUAGAAACUGUCUUAAAAAACUUACCUCUUAUCACUGUUCUGGGUUGGUGGGUGGAUGGCACAGCCUGAAAAAGCACCAGUUUUCUUUUGUAGAGUGUUUAUUCUUCAGCUCAGUAUCAUUUGAGUUUGCAAAGUAAAGCCCCUUCCUCUUCACUUUAUUCCUCUGUCGUUCUCUCCUCUCAGACGAGGGUGAGAGUUUCAACCCCCUGAAGAUCGACGUGUUCCUGCAGACUCUGCUCCAUCUGGCAGCAAAAUCCUUCAGCCACUCCUUCAGCGCCCUCGGCAAGUGAGUGACCGGUCAUGAGAAGCAGCUUUUUUAGAGUCAGGGAUGAAAGUUUUAAGGUUUCCUACAAACACCGCCUGGAAAAAAACAGAAUAUGUAGUCGAAAUGGAAAACUUAUCUGACUCUUAAACUGUGUGGCUACUUCAUCGUACUUUCGGAACAUUCCUCACAAAUAAGAAUUGUACGGGUUUUAAACUGUACUUUUCCGUGGACCACUCUACUAUAAGCGGUGUGCAUUUUGUGAGGUGCAUACGUUUCUCUGCACAACAGUGUUAACAACGAUUGCAAAAUGAGCAACAAACAAGAGAAAACCACCGAAAAUGAAGAUUUGUUGCCAAAAAGAAAAGCAAUUUCAGAUUUCUGGAACUAUUUCGGUUACAAGAAGGAUGAUGUCGACCAAACACGUGUUCUGUGUUCAUCUGUCGCCACGAUAACGUCUCAGCACAAUAAAAAAUAUAAAUAUCUCAGAGACAGACAGAAACCAUUCUACUAAGAUUCACAAAAAGAGGUCAGAUCAGUGCAGGUUAACUGUCCACAAGAUUUCAGCAUAAAGUGAUUUUCAGGUCAUCUGGUGAAAAUUCCUGUAUCUUUUUAUAUCGCAGGGUGGAAAAGAAUUGCAAUGUUAGUUUUUUCCAAUACCGUGCAGCCUUAGUUGAAGACUUCCUCUAAAGCUGCUCUGGACCAGCUCAGCUGUUUGGUACCGAUUGACUUCAUAUCUGCGUCUCAACCCCUCCAGGUUUCAUGAAAUCCUGAAGACCCUUGCAGACAGCGAUGAGGGCAAACUUCACUUACUCAAGGUGGUUUAUGAAGUGUGGAGGAAUCACCCACAGGUACAAACACCACAGAGAGAUUUUUGAACUCGGUUUAUUCUUUUAUUUUUGAAAGGAAGUCUAAAUGAUCGUUCAUGUUAAUUUGCCGCCUCACAGAUGAUCGCAGUUUUGGUGGACAAGUUGAUCCGGACACAGAUUGUGGACUGUGCUGCUGUUGCUAACUGGCUCUUCUCUCAGGACAUGGCUCAUGAGUUCACCAGGUCAGGCAUGAAACACCGACACAACCCAACGCUUUUUAAAACUAAUAAGACAAAAACACCAGAAAAUAAUGUUUGAAAAUCCACGAGCAGAUCCAGAUAAAAUUCUUGGAUUUUUUUUCUCUCUAAACACACAACAAAAAAAUCUGUCUAUGCUCUUCUUUGUUGCAUCAGGAACACAGAUUUCAUUCUCCUGCGUCUGUUAGAUAAAACAUUUUUUAAUUUGUUCCUGUUCAGACUUUUCAUCUGGGAGAUUCUCCACUCCACCAUCCGGAAAAUGAACAAACACGUCCAGAAGAUCCAGAAGGAGCUGGAGGAGGCCAAAGACAAACUGGAGAAACAGCAGCAUAAAAGGGUAACUCCAUCCAUCAGGGCCGAUCCGUCACAGUCACAUCAACGAGGUUCGAGCAUGAGAGUGAAGCGUUUCUGUGUGUCUGCUUGUCCCCGCAGCAGAGGGACAGCGGUGACGACGAGGACAUGGACAAGAACAGCGAGGACGAGGAGGGUCAGCUGGAGGAGCAGAUCGAGAGGCUACAGGAGAAGGUGGAGUCGGCUCAGAGCGAGCAGAAGAACCUUUUCCUCGUGAUCUUCCAGGUAAUGAGACUGGAGGGGUUUAAGUCUUUACAGCGGGACUCGAACAAGUUAGAAGUCAGAUUCUGUCUCAGCAGUCGAGCAAAACCCCCAUGUCAUAUUUUGACUGAGAAUAAGCUGCGAGCAUCGAUCCUCAUGAAUGAACAGUCCUGUUCAAGUUUUAGAAAGCAGAUAUCAACACUCACAGAGACCUAAGCUUUUCCUUUAUUUAAAAAUGUCUCCAUAGUUUGGUGGAAACUUUGCUCUCUAAAGAGGAAGACCUGUGCUGUAUUCAUACAUAUUCAGAAUUUCCUCAGAGAGCGCCUCACUCAGCUUCAAACUUUCUAGAAAAGAGUCUGAGCCGAGGAGUGAAUCAGGAACAUUUGUGGAGCAGCUCUGAGCGCUGAAGGAGGCUGGGUUGACUCUGGUGCAGAAGCUAAUAGUUCCCACACAGACUAUACCUGGGCAAGCUGCCAGAGGAUAUUUAUAGCUGCUUUAGUAUAUUUACCACUGAUAUAUAGUCUGAGCAUGUUUUUUUAACCUGUUUAUAGUCUCAGAGACUCUAAACUCGUUCAAGCCAAGCCUCUUUGUGUGCUUGAGUGUCAAGCCCUAUACUUCAUGAACGUGUCCCCUCCGAGUUUAAUUUGCGACCCAAACGAUGUCGUUCCUCUCAGACUCGUAAAAGAGCGUUCGCUCUGCUCUGAACGUUGUUUCCUCUGCUGCAGCGUUUCAUCAUGCUGCUGACGGAGCACCUCGUUCGCUGCGAGACGGGCAGUGUCGACAUCAGCACACCCUGGUACAAGAACUGCAUCGAGAGGCUGCAGCAGAUCUUCCUCAUGGUAUUACACACACACGCACACAUUCAUACUACGGUCUCACAUGGAGUGUACGGUCUUCAUGAAAUUGCAAACGCCCUCUUUCUGCAGCACCAUGUGACCAUCCAGCAGUACAUGGGAACCCUGGAGAACCUGCUGUUCACCGCAGAGCUCGACCACCACAUCCUGGCCGUCUACCAGCAGUUCUGUGCCCUGCAGCUCUGAGACACACACACACACACUCACGUGCACACACACUCAUAAUUGGAUGAAUUGAAUAUGUACUCGUGCUCUCACAGUACCUGAGCUAAACAUAUUAGGAACUACCAGCUCUUGCAUCAAGAAUCUCGUUCAUGUUUUUUUUUUUUUUUAAUUGACCUUUUUUGUGUUUGGUGCCAUUUCAGGUGUUUCUGUGCGACAACAGCAGAGGACUUUUUCCAACGUAGAAACUUAAACUUCAGUCCGUUUGAAAGUUUCGCUGUAGUGAUCCGGUUUUGUUUUCGUUUCGUAUGAUUUUCAACCUGCUCGUGUUCUUAUGAAUGGGUCUUUUUAAAUCGGUGCUCACAUGGACAGAAGAGGAAGAAGUUUUAGGUUGUUUUGGAUUAACUCUGAAUCUAGAGAGCGCUCUACUUUUUUAUAUUUGUUUUAUGUGGAAUUGGGAAAGAAUUAAAACUCUCCGGAGUCUUUAUCUGCCUGCUCUGCCG